CGGGAUGACCAAGAUGGCGUGUGUGCUGGAGCCUCCGCUCCGGAUGAGCGUGCUGUCUUUUACCACUCACUGUGCUUUAUCUAUGGAGAAGCAGCAUUGUCACUCUAGGACAGAGGUCACAGCAAGCAGCCGUCACUAUGUAGACAGACUCUUUGAUCCUGAUCCACAGAAAGUUUUGCGUGGAGUUGUAGAUAUGAAAAAUGCAGUGAUUGGAAACAACAAACAGAAAGCCAACCUCAUAGUUUUGGGAGCAGUGCCAAGAUUAUUAUACUUGCUUCAGCAAGAGACUUCGAGCACAGAACUGAAGACAGAAUGUGCUGUGGUCCUUGGCAGCUUGUCUAUGGGUACAGAAAACAAUGUGAAAUCCCUGCUAGACUGUCACAUAAUCCCAGCUCUGCUGCAAGGUAGCUUGCUGUCAGCAGAUAUCCGCUUCAUUGAAGCUUGUUUGCGAUGUCUCCGCACAAUUUUUACAAGUCCAGUAACUCCAGUGGAGCUCUUGUAUACAGAUGCUACUGUAAUCCCACACCUUAUGAUGUUGCUCAGCAGAUCUCUCUACUGUCAGGAGUACAUCUGCCAGAUCUUCGCCCACUGCUGCAAAGCUCCUGAUCAUCAGACAAUUUUAUUCAAUCAUGGCGUGGUACAAAAUAUUGCCCAUUUGCUAACAUCUGUGUCAUAUAAAGUACGCAUGCAAGCAUUAAAGUGCUUUUCAGUUUUAGCGUUUGACAAUCCCCAGGUAUCAAUGACCCUUGUAAAUGUGCUGGUUGAUGGGGAACUAUUGCCACAAAUCUUUGUAAAGAUGUUACAGCGAGACAAGCCUAUUGAAAUGCAGCUAACAGCAGCUAAAUGCUUAACGUAUAUGUGUCGAUCAGGGGCUAUUCGAACAGAUGAUAACUGCAUUGUCCUGAAAACACUCCCCUGCUUGGUUAGAAUGUGUAACAAAGAGCGCCUUCUAGAGGAAAGAGUAGAAGGUGCAGAAACUUUAGCCUAUCUAAUAGAGCCUGAUGUGGAGCUGCAGAGGAUUGCCAGCAUUACCGAUCAUCUCAUCUCUAUGCUUGCUGACUACUUUAAAUACCCCAGCUCAGUCAGUGCCAUCACAGACAUUAAAAGGCAGCAAGAAACAGGGCAACUUUGCACCGAGACAGACUCAGGAGGAGCUAUAGACGAAUCCUACUGCACUGCAGACUUUCUUACUUUUCCAUUGUCACAAAUGACUCCGCAAUCACAGCUUGUCUCACCCCCAUCUUCAGAGUCCAAACUUGAUCAUGAUUUGAAACACGCCCAUGAGUUGCGACAGGCAGCUUUCAAGCUCUACGCCUCACUGGGAGCCAAUGACGAAGACAUCCGGAAGAAGAUCAUAGAGGCUGAACAUAUGAUGGACCGGAUUGUGAAUGGCUUAUCUGAGACUAGUGUCAAGGUGCGGUUAGCUGCUGUCAGAUGUUUACACAGUUUGUCCAGAUCAGUCCAACAACUCAGGACCAGUUUUCAGGACCAUGCUGUGUGGAAACCCUUAAUGAAAGUUUUACAGAAUGCCCCAGAUGACAUAUUGGUGGUAGCUUCAUCAACCUUAUGUAAUCUUCUCCUCGAGUUUUCCCCUAGUAAAGAGCCUAUUCUAGAAUCUGGAGCUGUAGAACUACUAUGUAGUUUGACGCUAAGUGAGAAUCCUGCCCUGCGUGUCAAUGGCAUCUGGGCUUUAAUGAACAUGGCAUUUCAAGCUGACCAGAAGAUAAAAUCCGACAUUUUAAGAGGUCUAAGCACAGAGCAGUUGUUUCGACUAUUGUCUGAUUCUGAUGUGAAUGUAUUGAUGAAGACACUGGGACUUCUCAGAAACUUGUUGUCUACAAGGCCACACAUAGACCAGAUAAUGAGCACACAUGGGAAGCAGAUCAUGCAAGCAGUGACCUUCAUCCUUGAAGGGGAACAUAACAUAGAGGUCAAGGAACAGACACUUUGUAUACUUGCUAAUAUAGCAGAUGGUACUUCAGCAAAAGACCUUAUCAUGACGAAUGAUGAUAUUUUACAGAAGAUCAAGUAUUAUGUGGGCCAUUCCAAUCUCAAACUCCAGCUGGCUGCAAUGUUCUGCAUAGCAAAUCUCACGUGGAAUGAAGAGGAAGGCUCACAAGAGCGUCAGGAUAAGCUGCGAGAAAUUGGGAUUGUUGACAUUCUGCACAAACUGAGUCAAUCGACAGAUCCAAACCUCUGUGACAAGGCAAAAACCGCACUACAGCAAUACCUUGCAUGAUCUUGGGGGAAAAAAUGUUGGCCUUCCAUACACCACUUAUUUUUCUUACACCACCUCUUUUUCACAUCACCUAUGGAUGAACAAACUCGUCUGGCUCCCUAGUGCACACAGUCACCUUGGACGUCUUCACGCAGUUUGUGACACAUAACGGAGCGGACGUUGCAGAAUGGACUACUUUCUAUAUAACCCUUCCAGCCCCCAAUGGAUUAUUGGUAUUCAUUUCUUUUGUUUUGACAUUUUGGGGGAUUUUCUGAGCUAUUUGGAUUUUUAACGGUGUUGCUGCAAUCUAUUUUGUGUGCGUGGCUAAAUACCUCAACCUCUCAGUUUUUCCUUUCACUGCUUGCACACCUCCUAAGACUUAACAUGCAACAAAACUUGGAUUUUUUUUCUCCAUUUUUAUCCCCCACCAACAGUUUCCCAGGGCAAAGGAUUUGCUGUACAAAAAAAAAAGUUCUAUACAGUUUGUAAAAUGUUAUUUAAUAAAAGUGUAUAAAUAUAAAUAUAUAUAAAUAUAUAUACAUGCACACACGUGCAGGACAAUAAGUGCCCCUAAAGUUUAUGUUAAAUUUUUGAGCGUACAGAUAUUUGUAAGUAAAAUAUAUGAAUUUCUGAA